UUAUCGCAGCAACAUAGCCAGAAUCCAAUCAACACACUAGUCACCAUGAAAGCCGCUAUCAUUUUCGCUUGCUUGUUGGCCGUCGCCUUCGCUCUGCCCCAACCUGAUGCCGAGAUUGUCAAGCAAGAAUCCGAUGUUGGACCUGAAAGCUACCAAUACGCUGUUGAGACCAGCGAUGGCACCAAGAAGGAGGAAGCUGGUACCUUGAAGGAUGCUGGUUCCGACCAUGAAGGUAUUGAUGUUCAUGGCAGCUACUCGUGGACCGACGAGAAGACUGGCGAGAAAUUCACCGUCGAAUAUGUUGCCAACGAAAACGGUUUCCAACCAAAAGGCGCUCAUUUGCCAGUUGCCCCAGUUGCUCCUUAAAUUGAUUGCCGAUGCGUUGAGUUGUGUUAUUGUUUAUACUAAAUGUAGGAUCUUUUUUAUUGAGAAUAAAUUAAU